UGAACUACUUAACAUUCUUCAAGUAAAAACAACAGAAAAUAUCAAGCACGUCAACGGAACAUUCGUCAACUUCAUGCUUGCGAUCGGAGGUUUGUGUUUGCUGCUUUGGCUGGCUGUCGUAAAUUCUUCGGAAGUUCAAGUGGGAUCCGGCAAUUAUACGCUAAAGGAUGAAAAAGUUACCUUAAGUGAUGAAUUCGGGAUUUACGAUUGGCGUACUAGCUUCAUUGUGCCAGAGCAUCUCUAUCCUAAUUGUUCUGUUAAAAUAUAUAACGAUACAAUUUCGUUGUGGUAUAAUGCAGCGUCAAAGGAGGUUUGUACGGUGGAUCUUCUGACAGAUAGAGAUGACAUCGAGUUCACAACUUCCCUGACACUUUGCGAUGAUAAUAAGAAAGAAGACCUCAAGGACCCUAUCGUUCUGCCUUUUGCGUACAGUUUAAACAAUGAAGAAAUAAAUAUGAUCAAAAAUGGACCCCUCUAUGGAAAAAGUGCAACUUGUCCAAACAAAGAAGGAUGUAAAUCAUUUAAAUCUGAAAAUUGGACUGAAAUUCCCACACCGGAUUGUAUGCCAUGGGCAGCGCUGGAAAUUGAAUGGCGAUGCAAACAUGAUCUGGAAGUUGAUUGUCGAUCCAAACCUGCUUAUGCAGCAAAAGUCUACUUUAUUGGCGAGAUGGCUGGCUAUGUAACACAUUUUUCGAUAGAAGACUUCAAAGAAAAGGUGUCCUUCACCGUAAAAAUAAAUAAAACCGGAGGCGUUGAUAGUGGGGGUCUUGUGAUAGAUGGCAUACCGAGUAAUACAACAAGUCAACAAAAUCUACAUCAUUUCACAUGUAUCGAGGCCUCCACAAUUAUCAAACCCAAGGCGUGGAAAAUUGAUGGGAACGUUAAAGACGAAAUUAAAGUGAAAAAGUUGAUGACAUUCCAUCUCCUUCCAAGAUCGGCAGCUCGUGCGCGUACAAGUGAUAAUCAAUUUUAUGGAAAAUUACCUGAUAUUGCAUCUAGCAAAGAAUGCAGGAGGGGAAUGUCGAUUCGUUUUAAUCGAACAGAUUAUGAACUUCUAGAGAGAUUACCAAAAGUUGUAGAAGCUAAUUCAUCAACUACAACAACAACUGCUCAACCUUCAACAAAUUCUUCAGCCACCAAUGAGACAAUCAGUCAAGAGCCAACGGAUUCUACUUCACCAAAUGCAACAAUUCCUUCGUCAAAGAGUGACCCACCUACAAAGCCUAUGACAGCAAAUACAUCAUCAGAAGUACCACCAACAAAUUCUAGUUCUCCACCACCUUCAGUUAACACUACUUCAAAACCGGAACAGAACAACGAAACUUUGCCACAAUCGAGUAAUGGGACUACUACUGUUGGCACUUCUCCACCAAUGAAUUACUCUACUUUAACCCAAAACUUUACUUCUACUAUUUCUGUGAAUGAGACAAACGGAACAUUUAAUUCCAACUUAACAACAUCCACAACAUUCUCUACUUCAAUGCCUACAAUCAUCCAAUCUCUAAACACAACAACUUCUACUAAACUUCCCGACUUGACAAAUGGAACAACAAAAGGAAUUAAAGGGACACCAAAAGUUGCAUUUCCUUCCUAUUAUUUCUAUAUUGUUGGUGGUGGUGGUGCUGUGGUUAUUCUAUUGUAA